UCUGGCUGAGAGUGUUUGCCAAACUGCACCACCUGUUUUUGACUGUCAAGGUCUCAGUGAUGCAACAACCACGGCGAAGGCUACAGACAGCGGUGUGAUUUAGAAGGAAAGACCAGUGCCGUUUGAACCCUCUAACUUAGAAAUGAUGGACAGAAAAUCAGUCUCAGGUGCUGAAUCGGAGGCGAGAUGUGACUCUGAGCGGGAAAAUGUCAGCAACACAGACCCAGAAGACGGGGGAAAGUGUGCGACAGAGGAUUCAAGCAGGACAUGGAGGACCCCGUCUCUCCAGGAGCUGGAGGAGGUUUUACAUUCAGCUCCACGCUCCUGUCGCCAUGGAGACGAGGUGUGGCCGAACCUGUAUCUAGGAGACAUGUUUAUGUCUCAUGACAAGCUCGGGCUCUGGCAGCUGGGCGUCACUCACGUCCUGAACGCGGCGCAUGGGAAACUGUGCUGUAAGGGCAGCGACGAUUUUUAUGGAACCACAGUGAAAUACUACGGAGUCCCAGCCAACGACCUGCCAACGUUUGACCUCUCACCUUUCUUCCACCCUGCCGCUGAGUUCAUUCACCAGGCCCUGACAUCGGGAGGUAAGGUGUUUGUUCACUGUGCUGUGGGUGUGAGUCGCUCUGCUGCGCUGGUCCUGGCCUUCCUGAUGAUUUGCCACCACCUCAGUCUUCUGUCCUCUGUGCGCUGUGUGCAACAGAAACGCUGGAUUUUCCCAAACAGAGGCUUCUUGCGACAGCUUAUCGCCCUGGACCGAAGACUGCGGGAGGAAGGGUUGAUUGAGGAGGCAAAAUGAACAACAUGCAUCCGUAGCGCUGUCUUCCCUUAACAGUCCCUUUGGCAUCAGGGAACAGAGCGAUCAAUGCAACAGCCACGUUGUAUAACUGCAUCCAGUCAGAGAGAGCUCACCGAACACAGGGAGCUAAUUUUGGAGGCAGGCGGCAUUCAAGCGGCCACCUGCUCGUGUCUC